CUUCCAGUCGAAAAUGGCGGCUUGAAGUACCGAAACACUAGUCGAAAUUCAUUGUCAUUUCCAACCUAGCUUUCUUAAUAUUCACCUUUAACUACUAGAAGGUCAAGUGUUAGUCGUAAAAAAUUUGGUUUGUUGCUAAACUUUGUUACUCACCAUGCUCGGCGGCUUGUUCAUCUACAAUCACAAAGGAGAGGUACUAAUUUCGAGGGUGUAUCGGGACGAUAUUGGUCGAAAUGCUGUGGAUGCUUUUCGUGUGAAUGUCAUCCAUGCCAGUGGCCAGGUGCGUUCACCAGUCACCAACAUUGCCAGGACAAGUUUCUUCCACAUACGGCAAGGAAAUGUCUGGCUGGCUGCUGUCACAAGGCAGAAUGUCAAUGCUGCUAUGGUGUUCGAGUUCGUGAACCGUACUGUGGAGAUUAUGAUUUCGUACUUUGGAAAAGUCACAGAAGAAGGGAUUAAAAACAAUUUUGUGCUCAUUUAUGAGCUUCUUGAUGAAAUAGCCGAUUAUGGAUAUCCUCAGAAGACUGAUACAGCUAUUUUGAAAACGUUUAUCACUCAACAAGGAAUUAAGUCACAGACACGAGAGGAGCAAGCCCAGAUCACAAGCCAGGUUACAGGACAGAUUGGUUGGAGAAGAGAAGGAAUCAAGUAUAGAAGAAAUGAAUUGUUUCUUGAUGUGUUGGAAUCUGUUAAUCUGCUCAUGUCACCACAAGGUCAAGUUCUUAGUGCCCAGGUCUCUGGACGUGUUGUCAUGAAGAGUUUCUUGUCAGGAAUGCCAGAAUGUAAAUUUGGAAUGAAUGACAAACUAGUGGUGGAGAAACAGAAGAGCGGAGCUUCUGAGCCAUCUCUUGAUCCACAAAAGAAAAACACCACAAGCAAGUCAGGAAUUGCAAUUGAUGACUGCACAUUCCACCAGUGUGUAAAGCUCAGUAAGUUUGAAACAGAAAGGGCCAUUAGUUUUAUACCACCUGAUGGAGAAUUUGAUCUCAUGAGGUACCGUACUACUAAAGACAUCAGCUUACCAUUCAGAGUCAUCCCGUUGGUGCGAGAAGUGGGAAGGUCCAGGAUGGAAGUGAAAGUAGUAAUCAAGUCUAACUUUAAACAAUCGAUAUUGGGACAGAAAAUAGAGGUGAAAAUUCCCACCCCACCAACUACAGCAGGAGUUCAAGUUGUUUGUAUGAAGGGCAAAGCCAAGUACAAGGCCAGUGAAAAUGCUAUUUUGUGGAAGAUAAAACGAAUGGGUGGUAUGAAGGAAUCUCAAAUUAGUGCUGAAAUUGACCUUAUGGCCACCAAGGAGAACAAGAAAUGGGCUAGACCCCCCAUAUCUCUCAACUUUGAGGUUCCGUUUGCUUGUUCUGGAUUAAAGGUUCGUUAUCUGAAGGUGUUUGAACCCAAACUGAACUACAGCGACCAUGAUACCAUCAAAUGGGUGCGAUACAUCUCCAGAUCAGGGUUGUACGAGACUAGAUGCUGAACCUAACCCGCUCCUAGAUCUAAAUAUAUUAGAUAUUAUUCCAUUCACUGGCGAUCGUUUCUGUCAGUUUCGAUAAAUCGCUACCGCCUCAAUGAACCCUUUUACUCUCAAGAUCUCGUUAGUCGUUCUCCUUGCUGUCUGGCGUACAAUUCUUAUGAUAUUAGUUCCGAGAAUUUGUUGCUGGAUCAACCAAUAAUCCCUUAUUAAGUAUAUACUAAAACAGUGGAUAGUGUUGAAGGCGCGCUCAGAUUGGCUAGUCACACUCCGAAUAUCCUUUGCUAUUUACCUCCGAGCAACUCGGGGGAAAAUGGCGUCCCGGUUUGCAUCCGUGACAAGCGA